UCAACAACACACAGCAGCCACCGUUCCUGCACAGCACCGAGGACCGAAAUCAACCAUGGACUCCAGGUCUCGCAGACUUCCCUUUUGUCUGUCCAGCUCAAGGUCGUCCUACACGCCCAGUCCAACAGUCUCCUCCUCGUCUCUUGCCUCCAGCAGUAGGUUGUACAGUAGGGAGCCGGUGCUGAGCAAUGACCGCUUCCCGAGGGCAUCGUCAGCUUACAAAACAGACCUGGACCAACAGAAUUCUCGUCUCCUGAGCUCAUCCAGAGACUACAGCAGCUCUGACAGUCGCUCCAGCAGCUGGAAGUUGCCCUCCACUCUGACAUCCUCCACCAGAUCUUAUGACCGCCCGUGGGCUGAAUCCUCUCUCAGCAGCAGAAGCAAACUGACUGAUUCUGAGGCGAGGUUGGGGAUGCGCACAGGUCUGUUGACCGCCACUGAUGACGGAGAAUCUAAAAGGGCCAAAUUGUCAUACACAAACAGAGGACUGUAUUCAAGAACGGCCAGCAACUCAGUUACAGGAUCCACCUAUUCCAGUAGUGGGCUCAGCAGUAGCAGAGGCACAGAUGAAAAACACAGUGACAGGUAUGAUUCAUCGUGGAGCUCGUGCCGUUUACUCUCACGUUCAUCAUCUUCCUCCUCAAAACCGCUGUCAUCCAGGAGAGAGCUCGAGACAAAGAACGAACCCAGUCUCUCAGGUUUGGGAGAAAGAAGGAUCAGGACUCCUGGAUUGACUUCCUCAUUGUAUCAGACAGAUAGGGUCACUUCCACAUAUGCACAGGGAGCUCGGCCUAAAGAGACUACCUAUUCUCCAACCUCCUCUUCUUCCUCUUCCUCUUCCUCCUCCUCCUCCUCCUCCUCUGCCAGGGAAAGCUCCCUAAGUCGCCACCUCUCAUCUUCCUCCUCCUACCGAUCUUCUCCUCUGACACGUGACUUCAGCAACAGAAGCACAUCCCAUUUCUUGAACGGCUCAUCCAGCCUCCACUCAUCUCAGGAACACACAGGAAACUCUGAACGCACCUCAAACAUCUCCUCCUCUUACUCCUCCCACACCCCCUGGUAUGCCACUCCUACAGCCAGACCAGAAGCCAAGCUCCCUCCAAGGCCGGCUCCUGAAGUUGGAGAACCAGAGGGCCGCCGUUCCACCCGACGCCUUCUCUCCCGUCUCUUUUCACGGCGCUCUAGCCAAGACUCUUCUAGCGGAUCUUCUAGUGUUCGCUCCCUUGACGAUGACACUCCAUCAACUGGUGGAGAGUCUGUGGACAGUGAUGAAGGAACCAAGAUGUCGAGUGUGGAGCCUGACACUGGAAGCUCAGAGGCAACCCCGUCUGGCCUCAGGCAUCGCAGAGUGGACCUCGCCCCUAUCCAGGAAAACAACAAUGAUGGCUAUCGUAGUAGCCUGGCCCGUGCCAGAAUGGCACUGCAGAGAGAGUCUGGCGUAAGCAGUAGUGCUAACACCAGCAGUGGAGGAAGCAGCAGCUCUUCCUGGCUUUCUUCCUCCCUCCGGGGCCGCUGCCCCCCUCUCCUCGCUCGCCUCAGAAGACACGCCAGGGACGAGAGCACACACUCAGCUGCAGGCUUGGAGGAAAGCUACAGCCGUCCACAGCACUUACUGAGAAGGUGGGAUGACCUCGAGCAUAAAGUAUCACAGGAGGAUGAUGACGAGGAUGAGGAGGAGGAAGAAGAAGAAGAAGAGGUAGAAGGAGCAGUCGGUUUGGAUGCCUUUGGUGCAGGUCGUCCCUGCAGACUCGAGGACGACACGCUACCUGAACUGGAGGAUGCCUCAGUUGAAAUCUCGCCACGUCACAGAGACGGCGUAUUUGAAAACAUUUCCGUGUCUAGGAGUCCAUUGGGUGGAGUGGAGAGUCCUCUGGAUGGGCAGAAAGAGAAACCCAUCUCUACUAGGGAUCAAGAAAAGCUUCGCAAGAUUAAGGAGAGACUGUUGCUGGAAGACUCUGAUGAAGAAGAAGGGGAUCUGUGCAGAAUCUGCCAGAUGGGGGAAGAAUCGGCAUCCAACCCUCUGAUUCAGCCAUGCCGCUGUACUGGCAGUCUGCAGUACGUCCACCAGGAAUGCAUUAAGAGGUGGCUUUGCUCCAAAAUUGGCUCCGGCACAAAUCUGGAGGCCAUCACAACGUGUGAACUCUGCAAGGAGAAGCUGCGUUUGAACAUAGACAACUUUGACAUUCAGGAGUUAUACAGGACUCAUGUACAGUCAGAAUAUGAUGAGUUCAUCAGCAGCGGCCUCUAUCUGGUGGUGCUGUUGCAUUUCUGUGAGCAGCGGUUCUCUGAUGUGCUGGGGGCAGUCGAUGCAGCCGGGUUAUUCAACCUGGUGCGAAUUCUUCACGAACACAUGGACAAUCUUGAAAUUCCCCAUGGGGAAAGCGAUGAGGAGGCACACGACAGCAGACCGUCUAUUGAGUUUUCUGACCUGGACGACGAUCUGGAAGAGGAGUACUAAUGGUGUAUGAGGGGGUAAUAAGUGGGUCAGAGGAUGGGAGGAUAGGGGGCUACACUAUGCCAUAUGGUCGCUCACCCAGUUUUCGCACAUGCUUUGACAUCAUCAUGUUCAUCUGAAAUGCGGUGGCAGUGCAGAAAACGCCAGGUGCACAGAAAACAUGUCUUGCCUUUGUUGCAGGUGGCUUUUGCUGAUAUGCAAACUUGAACUGAAUUAGUGCGUAAAAAUAUUUUGGUUGACCCCCCAUUGUAUUUCUGUGUCUAUGAGAGUGCACUUUAUUCAGUUAUAAUUAAAUAAAAAAAUGCAAGUCUUUUUAACCGUUAUACCACAAGUGCUUUAAUGUUUAAAUGAUAAAGACAAGGAGGUGAAAUAGAACAGACAGUGACAAGUUGUGGUGGUGGAAAGAUGGAGGCUUUUUGCGGAGAAAAUAUAAGAAGUGGCUGUUUUAUUCCCUUUGUUGUCUGUUUUCCUCUGACUUUUCCUCCUGAGAAUAUGUUUAAAGAAAACGAGAACAAAUUUUCUUCUUCUUUGUUUCAGUGUUGCAGUUUGAAUUGCGUUAUGUAUGCACAAAUAUAGUUUAAUGCUUUUAAUUUUGGGAAUAAAGAUUGAAUGCAAAGUAAA